AUGACAUAUGGCAACCUGUUCCAGAGCUCUGCUUGUCCCCAAUCCCCUCUCAAUCAAGGAGAGUUGGGACCCACUCUUCCGGCAACCGCCGUUGAGUCAACAAGCCUUGAACCAGAGGUCUACGGGGAAGUAUCCCUCAGCCAAGCAAUCUCCCUUAUCCUGGGAUUGCAAAACCAAGUCCUCUGGCUUGAGCGGGAACUCAAAGAAACCAAGGAAGCAACAAAGGAAGCCCAAGACUGGAUGGGAGCAGUCAAUCAAGCCCUCACUUGCAUUGAGGCUAGGGGUGGAGCCCCCACACACCAGAAGACCGGAAACCCCCGGCAGUUGAGGCCACGCCCAGGCCCUUACCAAAAACCGACCCUAUUCCAGCGCCUAGUGCCCCUUGUUGCCUGGGCCAACCCCACAAAAGCUCCCCCUGCCUUUGCCCAGCCAACCCCAGUAUGGGCCCCCCAAGAGGCUAUACUCCCCCUCCGCCUUUGCCUAUCCAACUCCGCUCCCCCAAGUCCCACAACCACCCCGGUCAAGGUGGACCACCCUGACGCCUAUACGGGGAAGAUAGGGAAACAAAGCCCGCCAAUGGCUCACGCGGGUGUUGGCAUGGGUACAUCUAAAUCAACAGAUGUUCCCCACGGAUCAGGAGGUCCUGUUGUUCCUCCUAAUGAACAUGAAGGACGUAGCAGGAGCCUGGGCACCCCCACCUCAACCAACUUGGGUCCCACAGGGCCCUUAUCCAAACAGACCAUUGCUAUGGACCUGGACUGGAACAAUGCCGCCCUCCGUGGGCAAUUUGCACAUGGCCUCCACUGGGAGGUCAGCCGUCUUAUUGCCACCCGCAAACGGCGCCCAACCACCCUCCUUGAGCUGCAGAAUGUGGCUCUGGUCAUCAAUAACGCCCUCCGUGAGGAGCGUGCCAGCCACCUGCCUAAGGGAAGGCGCCUCUCCAGCAAUCCCAACUUUGUCUCCAAGGAGGAGCAAAACCGCCGCCGGGCUGAGGGCCUAUGCAUCAAGUGCGGCAAAUCAGGCCAUAAAUUUGCGGAAUGCCGCACUGGCUGGAAGGCCACGCCUAAGGAGGAAGGUGUCAAGAAAGAAGCCGCCAAGGUUGGCAAAGAGUCUGGACCCAAAUCGGGAAAAGACUAA